AUGUCAGAUGAUCCGCUCUCUACAAUCGCCGCGAAAAAUUUCUCAUGCAAAGAAGCAUGGUUUCACAUGUUCAAGAUUAACAGGAACACACCAAGAACGAAAAUGUACAUCGACAGCAUGGCUGCUUUCUCUGCUGAGAAGAGAAGGCAUGCUGAGUUAAAUUUCAAAUGGAUCAUUCACCCUUUUAGUAGUUGGAGAUUCAUAUGGGACGUGAUCAUGACAGUUGUAUACAUGUUGUCCUUCCUGACGAUCCCAUUCUCGGUUUCCUUUAUCGUAAUGAGACACGAUGAACUGCAGCUGGACAAAUUCAAUUUCCUGAUUUACACGUUUUGCUGGUUGGAUAUAGUCUGCAAUUGCAUGACUGGAUAUUACGAUAAGAAACAGAUACGAAUUGAACUGAAACCGUUGAAGAUAUUCACACAUUAUCUAAAGACCUUCCUUAUACCCGACGUCCUUUCCUCUCUGCCAUGGGAUCACAUAACGUUGCCAUGGAGGGCUCUUCCUGGAAAAGACUCCAAUCAUAUAAUCACUUUGCUCAAUCUUCUACCUUGUUUAAAGCUGAUACGUUACAGCUACGUGAAUUGGCAAAUUUUCGAACAGUUUACACAUUUAGAAGUAAUGUAUUUUUACUUCGAAAUGUUCAGCACACCUCUUCUGGGAUUUUACAUAAUAUUCUGGGCUUCGUGUCUGUGUUACUUAAUACCAGUGUUGGUUCUGCAUUUCGGUCAUUACUCACCUGACGAAUGCCCGGAAUGUUGGAUAACAGGAUUGGAGAGCAACAGCGCAGCUUUUCGAUUUCAAUACGCGCUCUUCAUCGUCGUGGAAAAAAUAUCAGCUAGUGCUUAUGGUUCUUACGUGCCUAGAACAGACGGACACGUUAUACUGAGUUGCUCUCUUAUGAUGAUUGGCAGAGUGCUCGAAUGUUACAUCCUAGUGAUGCUCAUUCAGAUAAAAGCGGGAAGAAAGGAGUCGAAGUCGAAGUUUCAAGAAAUAAUAAACCAAGUGAGCGCGUACACGAGGCAAAAGCAAUUGCCGAAGCACAUGAGGAUUCGUCUCGUUGCUUACUAUUACUAUCGUUUCAGAAACAGUUACUUCCGCGAAAAAUCGAUUCAGGGUAAUCUGUCAGAACAACUGCGUCAGGAGAUUGCUCUUCAAUCGAGCCAUCGUUUAGUAGAAAACGUGGCGAUUUUUAAAACUCUACCGAAGUACAUUUUACGAUCCAUCGUGAAGAAUUUGAAAUUCGAACUUUAUCUACCGAACGAUGUGAUCGUUAAGGCUGGAGCUCAAGGGGACUGCAUGUUCUUUUUAUCCGCUGGAACUGUCGCUGUGCUAACACCCACUGGGAAAGAG